UGUUUCUAUGAUUAGCUUGCCACUGACGAUUUACAUUUAUAUAGGAAAUGAACCUGAAAUCCUCAGAAGACAGAGCUUAUUUGAUGUCAGCGUAUUAAUGAACUCCAGUGGUCUUGUAGUUGAACAUAGUUCUGGAAGCCUCAUUGAGGAAAAAUCUUUGUUCUUUGACAAUGGAGAUGGAUUUGGAGAUGAAGGAGCUGCAGGAGAAAUGAUUGACAAUCUGUUGCAAGAUGAGAAUACCCUUUUAGAAGACAUAUAUUCAAACAAGGAAACUUCUCUGCCUGCUGAGCUUCCCAGUAGUAUAAUAGUAGAACCAGGUAAUUCAGAUGACCAGUGCCUACCUGAAGAUGAAAAAGUAAAUGAAACAACAUCAUCAAAUGAAGAAGAAGGGUUUACUCUUGACCCAAUUGAUGGUUUAGUAAGAGACAUUGCUGAGAGAAGGAAAAACAAAAAGAGAAGGCUGCUCAUAGAUCCAGUCAAGGAGAUAAGUAGCAAGACUAUGCAUAAGCAGCUUACUUCCUUUGUUGACACUCUCAUGGUUCUGGACCUUGCACCCCCCACACAAAGAUUGAUGAUGUGGAAGAAGAGGGGAGGAGUGGAUACACUUCUGUCAACCGCUACCCAGGAUCUGAUUCAUGAUGAACUGAAAAAGUUGUUUGCAAAAUGCUUCCUGUCCUCUGACUUAAAACUUGCAAAACUUAUACAGAAGGAGUCAGUAAGGAAAGAAGUGGGAACCAAAAACAUUUUAGAGUCCUCAGUGAUAGAAGAGCCAAAUUCCCAUGGAGAGUUAGAUCAACUCCAGGUUUGGAAUGAUGUGACUGAUGGAUCUACGGGUAGCUUUCAGCAGGAUAUCACUAUGAAUAUUAACUCUGAGGAUAUCUUUGACAUGGCUUCUCCAGCUGCUGAGGGAUUAUCUUCAAUCAAUGCUUCCGUGGCCCAAGAAAAUUGUCCAGUUGAAUUGGAGUCAUCAGUCAGCAAACAAAAUACCGAGGCAGAGAAAUGGAAUCAACGAUUAUUUCAGACAUUAAAUGAAUUACGGGAAUACAACAAGAUGGGGAUGCAAUCUUUUAGUCUGAUAAAGCUAUGCAGAAAUUGUGACCGGAAACAGACAGCUGCCAAAUUUUAUACCUUUCUUAUCCUAAAAAAACAUCGAGUUAUUGAACUGAGCCAGAGUGUUCCCUAUGCAGAUAUUAUAGCUACAGUGGGACCAAUGUUCCAUAAGAUGUGAGAGAGAUCCAGAGCAUGCAGGUGUAUGCCAUCACUGGCACUGCUGCAUAGACUAUUAAGUUUGCUUGAGAAGCUAUCUGGAAGCAGCAGGUGUCUGACCACUUCAUAGACAGGCUGGCCUCCCAUUUUCUAUCUAGAGACAGAGCAAUCACAACCAGAAUUGGAAACCUAUGUGGGGACAGUUAAGUCAUUUUUAACUUAACUGAUUUGAAUGUAUGGCAUUUAUCAUUGCCCUCAUCUGAGUGUUGCAUUUAGAUUGUGUUUAUGGUACAUUAUAAAAUAUAGUGUACCUCCAGGAAACAUUCAAGAUUGUUUUGUAAAUACUGUUUUACAUUGGAUUAUUAAAGUUUGUGGAUUUAAUGAAUAGUUAAUAUUUUCUUACUUGUAGACAUUAGUUUAUUUGAUCUGCUUUGUAACAUCAUUGAUAGUACCUAAUUCCCUGGAUUUUAAUCUAUCAUCUUAGUUAAAGAAUUAUAAAACUUGUUUUAAAUUACCUGAGUUACUUAAAAUCUGGUUAUGGGCCAUUUAACUUUUUCAUUUAAUAUUUAAUAACUUUUAUGGUCACCGUUAAUGUCCUAGCAAAAUCAAAUCUGCUUAUGUUAAAAAACAAAACAAAAAACUGGCAGACACUUGUUAAUGUUUUACCUGCACAUUCAGUCUUAGUAAAGACAGCUGCAAAAGAUGCUCUUCUAAUUCAUGUGGGUGGAGCAUUUUAGACAGCAAAAGCAUUUGUUUUCUUGUUGAUGUUUGAGUCAAAAUUUUUCAUAUGCUCUAUGAACUUCAAAAUACUCUGUAAAAAGUGUCCUGUGGCACUGUAAAUAAUGGUACUGGGUUACAUUGUAAAACAGUUCAAUUCUAAAGAGAUUCUUUGAGUAUAUUUAAGAUACAAAUAACAGAGUUGUCUUAAAUAUUUUUACUUUCAAAUUAAUGCAGAAAUUAAUUGGCUUGAUUUUUGGUGUACAGGCCUAUAAUUUAUAUAUUUAUGUAAGUGUGUGAUAUAUAUCUCCAUCACCACAGUCUAGACAUAGUCAGAUCAUCUUUAUAAAAAUCCUUUUCAGGGAACUGGAGAGAUGGCUCAGCAGUUAAGAACACUGACUGCUCUUCCAGAGGAUCCAGGUUCAAUUCACAGCAUCCACAUGGCAGCUCAUAACUGUCUGUAACUCCAGUUCCAGGGGAUCUGACACCUUCACAUCAAUGCAUAUAAAAUAAAUAAGUUUUUAAAAAUCCUUUCCAGGUUAUCUCCUUGUGGUAGUCCCUCUAUUCUAAUAGCUGGCCACCAUUCUCCAAUGACUACACUUUUGUCUCUUUGGAAAUGUUAUAUAAAUGGAAUUAUGUGGCAUGUAACCUUCUGAGAGUGGUUUCCUUCACUCAGUCUAGUACCCUUGAUAUUCAUCCAAAUGCUUUCAUAUAUCCGUAUUUUGUUCCUUUUAAAAGCCAAGUAGUAUUCUGUUGCCUAGAUAUAUCAGCUCAUUUAUACUCUUACCCAU